GUGCACCACCGAGCCCAUAAAAAGUCUUGUAAUCUGUUGGCUUUCCACCACCACGAACAUCAUCCCACACGCCCUCUCUAGCCCGUCAACCGAACCCUCAUCAUGACCGUCACCGCCGUCACCUCCGCCAAGCAGUUCCAUGACAUUCUCAGCUCCGGAAAGGUCGCCGUAUUCGACUUUUGGGCGACCUGGUGCGGUCCCUGCCGCGUGAUCUCGCCGAUCUUCGAGCAGCUCUCUGAGCAGGUCGCGGGCGUCGAGUUUUAUAAGAUCGACGUCGACGAGCAGACCGAGAUCUCCCAGGAGGUCGGCAUCCGUGCGAUGCCCACUUUCCUCGCGUUCCAGAACGGAGCGAAGCUUGGCGAGGUCGUCGGCGCAAACCCUGCCGCUCUCGAGAGCUUGAUCAAGGCGCACGCAUGAAUGCUCCAAGAUACCUCUCAGUCGGUGGACGAGCGAUAGCUGAAGCACGGAAGUAGCGUCAUCGUGUAUAACAUUAUGUAGGCUAUGUCGGAUGCCUCGUGAGAGACCGCAGAAUAGAUCAUGGACAAUGUCCGG